GAGAAAUAUGGCCAAGCCCCCAAGUUUUUUGUGGGUUAUCACAUUGUUUAUCCUACCUCUCAAACUCACUUUUUCGAAGCCAGAGUUAGUAACAACACCACCAUUGCCAAUUCUUCCACUACCAACAUACUCUCAGUUGAAAUGGCAACAAAGGGAGAUCAUAAUGUUCCAUCACUUUGGUGUCAACACCUUCACAGACUCAGAAUGGGGCACAGGAAAAGAAAAUCCGGCCAUCUUCAUACCCACUGGCCUCAAUGCGAACCAGUGGGUCGACACUGCUGUCCAGGCCGGUGUUUCUCUUACGAUACUCACCGCAAAACACCAUGAUGGCUUUUGCUUGUGGCCUUCCAAAUACACAGACCACUCAGUGAUAGGAAGUCCCUGGAAAAAUGGCCAUGGGGACGUAGUUCAGGAGCUUGUCAAUGCGGCGAAGGCUCGUGGCGUUGACAUCGGUUUGUAUCUCUCGCCGUGGGAUCGCCAUGAUCGUCGGUAUGGUCGGAAUAAGGAGUACAAUGAAUAUUACUUAGCCCAAUUGCAAGAGUUACUCAACAACUAUGGAAGCGUAAGAGAAAUAUGGUUUGAUGGAGCAAAGGGUUCAAAUGCACCAAACAUGUCCUACUACUUUAACGACUGGUUUUCAAUGGUGAACGAAUUACAAAGCACCAUUAAUAUUUUCUCCGAUGCCGGACCGGGUGUUAGGUGGGUCGGAAAUGAAAACGGAUUUGCUGGGAGCACAUGCUGGUCCACAAUUAAUCGAACAUCGUUGUCAAUCGGAAAUGGAAGCAUAGUUGAUUAUCUUAAUACUGGCGACCCGAGAGGGACUGAUUGGCUGCCGGCAGAAUGCGACGUUUCAAUCCGAACAGGUUGGUUUUGGCAUAAAACACAAUCACCCAAAAAGCUCUCUAAGCUACUUGAAAUCUACUACAAUUCCGUGGGAAGAAAUUGUGUGUUGCUUCUUAAUGUACCACCAAAUACAACCGGCCUGAUAUCGGAAACUGACGUCCACCGACUGAAAGAAUUUAAGGGUGCAAUUGACACCAUUUUUUCCACCAACUUGGCUGAAAAAUGUUCCAUCAAAGCAAGUAGCCAAAGAGGAGGUAAAAAUGGUGGUUUCGGACCCAAAAAUGUGAUAGAUAAUGACCAUUUAUGGACAUAUUGGGCUCCGAAUGAUGAAGAUAAAGAAGAUCAUUGGAUUGAAUUGAGGGCAACGAAUGAAAAGUUGAAAUUCAAUGUGGUAAGGAUUCAAGAGGCGAUCGGCCUAGGUCAAAGGAUCAAACGGCAUGAAAUUUACGUGGACGGGGCCCGGGUGGCUAGUGGGACCACGGUAGGGUACAAGAAGCUUCACAGGCUUGAGAAGGGAGUUUUGCAUGGGUAUAGUUUGAAGAUCAAAAUCAUGGGAUCAAAGGGAAUACCUUUAAUUUCUUCUGUUGGUCUCCAUUUUGAUCCCUUUUGGCACCCAAAUGAGCUAGUGGCCUAACAAAUAAUGGUGCCCUUAUCUCUGUUGAAGGCCCCUGCUUCAGUUUUUCAGAUUUCUUAUCUUAUCUAUGCAUCAAAUUCAUAAAGAAGUAACAAAAGCUGGCUUCACGUUUAUAAACUAAGGCCAUACCUAUUGCUUCUUUUAUUUUUAAACUUCAACGGUUAGGAAUCACCAGACUAGUUUACACGUACCUCGAUUAAUCAUCUUUUCGAUCUGAUCAAAG